UUUCCAGUGACUUUAGAGAUCCCAGGCUCUGCAAAGGAAGUGACAACAUCAGUCAUUUCAACAGAGCUUGCCAAGAAGUUCCCUAAAUACAAAGUUGAACGUCAACGAUUGACAACCGAGGACAAGAAGGCACUUGAUGCUAGCAAGACCCUGAACGAACAAGGACUUGAAGACGACUGCACUAUUUACUUUAAGGACCUUGGGCCACAAAUUGGCUGGCGCACCGUAUUCUUGAUCGAAUAUGCAGGCCCCGUCUUGAUCCACCCCAUCUUUUAUUAUCUAUCCAAAGCAAUUUAUGGCACCCAAGUCGCCCACUCACCUAUGCAAACAGCCUGUUAUUACAUGGUGAUGGCUCACUUUAUCAAACGCGAAUUGGAAACCGUAUUCGUUCACCGUUUCUCUCAUGGCACAAUGCCUUUCCGUAACGUCUUUAAGAACUCUGCCCAUUAUUGGUUAUUAUCAGGUGCCAAUUUGGCAUUCUGGCUCUAUGGACCCUGGUUUGCUAAGGAUAAGACAGCUAGUGUUCGCAAUGACGUCUGGCUUUAUGGAUCCGUAGCUGUUUGGGCUUGGGCAGAAAUUUCCAACUUCUUUACACACAUGACUCUUCGCAACUUGCGUCCUCCUGGAACGCGUGUACGUGCCAUUCCUUAUGGUUAUGGAUUCGAUUUAGUUUCUUGUCCCAAUUACUUUUUUGAAUUCAUUGCUUGGUCAGCGGUUUGCUUCCUUAGUACAAGCUGGAGUGCUUUCCUCUUUAAUGUAGUUGCUACUGGUCAAAUGUAUGUUUGGGCCGUCAAGAAGCACAAGAAUUACAGAAAAGAGUUUAAGGAAUAUCCUCGUAACAGAACAGCCAUGUUCCCUUUUAUU